AUGAGCAAGCGCCCGGCAGAUGAGCCACUGGAACAAUCUACCGCGUCGCCCUUCUCCAAACGCGCCAGGGUCGAAGAUGUUGUCGACGAGGAUGCGCCUGCGACUACCACCACAAAGCCGACGAAUGGACAUACUGACGGCAUAGCUGACGCUGCCGUGCAAGAGAACGAAGCGCUAGAGGAGGCCGAGCUGGACAGUGACGACGAAGACGAUCAACCUGCUGUCUCUGGGCCGACGCGACAAAAAGCGCCGGCUGAGGGUUACUCGGACUUGUACCUCGACACCAUCAACCGCGGAGUGCUGGACUUUGACUUUGAGAAAUUGUGCAGUGUCACGCUAUCAAAUAUCAACGUAUACGCCUGUCUGGUCUGCGGCACAUAUUAUCAAGGUCGAGGCCCCAAAUCACAAGCCUACUUCCACGCCCUCGAUAUCGGCCACCAUGUCUUCAUCAACAUGCACACCAAGCAGGUUUACGUUCUGCCAGAUGGCUACGAGGUCAAGCACAAGAGUUUGGAAGAUAUCAAGUUUGUUGUCGAUCCGAAGUACUCGAAACAAGAUGUCACCAAGCUAGACAAGGUGCGACUACAUGCCUGGGACCUCCAAGGGAAGAAGUACACACCAGGCUAUGUCGGUAUGAACAACAUCAAGGCCAACGACUACUUCAACGUCGUCUGCCAUGCUCUGGCUCACGUUCCUCCGCUCCGCAACUACUUCAUGCUCGAGGAUUUGCACGAUCGGCCCCAGCUUGUACAGCGUUUCGGUACUCUGUUGCGCAAGAUCUGGAAUCCGCGCUCAUUCAAAGCACAUGUCUCUCCUCACGAGUUGUUACAAGAAAUCUCACAGCGAUCCAACAAGAAGUUCUCCUUGACAGAGCAAGCCGAUCCUGCCGACUUCCUUUCGUGGUUUUUGAACAACCUACACACAGGCCUGGGUGGAAGCCGUUCGAAACCACGUAGUAGUAUUGUACAAAAGAUCUUUCAAGGCCAGUUGCGUGUCGAGUCGCAAUCUAUCACUGCGCGCGCCGAUGCACAGGAUCGCCUGCGUUUCGAAGACGCCGCCAUUCAGAGCGCUGUUACGCCUUUCAUGAUGCUUACCCUGGAUCUCCCGGCCGCACCUUUAUUCCAAGACGACAGAAACGAGAACAUCAUCCCUCAAGUCAGUCUGACAAAUAUCUUGGGCAAAUACGAUGGCAUUCGCGCACAGGAACGCCUCAACACACGUCUCCGCUACCGUCUCCUUCACCCUCUACCGCCCUACCUACUUAUGCAUGUCAAGCGCUUCGCACCAAACAAAUUCCUCCAAACCCAACGUAAUCCAACAAUCGUCACCUUCUCACCGCGUUCGCUGGACAUGUCACCCUAUGUCGAACCUAAUCCAUCACUUCACUCGCCUUCAGAGCCUAUCAUAUACGACCUGGUAGCCAAUAUCACGCACGAAGGCGUUCGUGUGCGCGACGAUAGUGUUGAGGGAGAGGCCGAGAAGAAGGUCUGGCGCGUUCAGCUGCUGGACAGAGGCAGGGAAGAGGGCAGCAAUGCUGAUACCGACCGCUGGGUCGAGAUGCAGGAUCUGUGGGUCGGCAGAGUCGAAGCCGAACUGCUGAGUACAAAGGAAGCAUACGUAAUGGUUUGGGAAAGGAGAAGAGGAAAUGCCGCUCCUAAAAAGAAGUAA